UACACGAGAGCGGUGGAGCGGCUCACUUGGUUACCUGGAUGAGAAACGGACACCUGUUACCUGCUCUGGUUCACCACAGGUAUCACUUUUCAGCUUGGUUCUCAGAACAACAAAGAACCAAGGCCAGAUGCUCUUCAUGACUCACGUCAGGUCAGACUGGUGAAUGUACAAAGGAUUAAAAAAUUUUAAUUAACUCGAAGGCCGCCGGAGUGUUACCAAGCCACAGAUUGAGCAUGCUUCAGGUGGUUUGAACCACAGAUAUGGGGUCAAGAAGAUCUUACUUGCAGACUUUAUCAGUGGUGGCUCUUUUUUGUCUUGUCUGGACUGUUGAUGGGAGAAUGCCAGAAGUGCGGGGAAAGGUCAACGGCGAGGCGGAGUUGACUUGCAGCGUCGGUCCAUCUUACUCAGCUGUUGUUUCAUCUGGCUCACUGCACGUGGUUGAAUGGGUACGACAAGGGCUCGACGUCCCCGUGCUGAUGAAGUUUGGAUCCUAUGCACCUCGAGUCCAUCCGCAAUAUGAAGGGCGGGUUUCUUUGUUGGACAUCAGCACUUUAAGGUUGGAAAGUCUAAAACUAGAGGACCAGGGCCCGUACGAGUGCCGGAUCCUUUUGUUAGAUAAACCCACAGAGGAGCUUCGGAACGGCACAUGGAUUCUGCUUUCUGUUAUUGCGGCCCCUAGCUUCACCAAAACCCCGCCUCCUCUCCUGGAGAGUGUGGUCGGAGGUCACCUCUCUCUUACCUGUGUUGCCGUUGGCAACCCUGUUCCAACCAUCACCUGGUUGAAGGAUGGAAGUGUGAUUCAAAGAGGGAAUGAUCAGAAAGAAGGCUUAUCUCUGACAGCAGUGAACGCGCACUCAGCUGGACAGUAUACCUGUCACGCUUCCAACUCGGAGGGAAACGCCACUCUCCAAACAAAAGUCAAGAUAAAAGGGCCCCCAGUUAUCGUGGUGCCUCCCAAAAGUAGCUCUCUAAAUGCAUCGCAGGAUGCACUUCUUCACUGUCAGGCUGUGGCUGACCCUUCAAACAUGACCUAUGUGUGGCUGAAAGGAGGAGACAACGUUUACCACCUCGAGUCGUUGAAGUCACGCGUGAAGAUCAUGGUUGAUGGAACCCUCCUCAUUUCGAGACUCAUCCCGGAGGAUUCAGGGAACUACACUUGCGCUCCCACAAAUGGCCUGCUGACACCACCCACUGCCUCUGCUGUCCUCACAGUCAUGCAUCCAGCCCAGGCUCUUGGAAUGCCUCGGGAAACGUAUCUUCCCACAGGCAUGACCGGCAUGAUUAACUGCUCCUUAAUAGCUCAGCCUCCCCUCCUGCGUGUGGAUUGGACCAAGGAUGGAGAGCCACUUGACCUGUCCUUGUAUCCAGGAUGGAGUGUGACACAGGAAGGCAAUUUGCUCAUGGCCACCGUCAAUGACGAUGCAACGGGAGUGUAUACUUGCACCCCGUUCAACAGCUAUGGCAGCAUGGGACGAUCCGGACCGACCCAGGUCAUUCUCCAGGACCCCCCAUCGUUCAUUAUCACUCCGGAGAAGCAGUACAAGCAGAAGGUUGGGAGAACCUUGCUCAUCCCGUGUCAAGGCAACGACGAUGCCACGGUCCAAGUCCGAUGGACUAAGGUUGGCCUGACUCGCCCUCUGGCUUAUUCCGUCACGCCCAACGGCUCACUGUCGCUGCGGCCCCUCACUAAGGACCAUCACGGCAUUUGGGAAUGCAGUGUUUCGAACCGUGUCGCCCUUGUAAAAGCCUUCACUCAAAUCUUUGUCUUGGGAACCAGCCCCCAUGUAGCGACAUCCCUUUCCGUCUCCCCAGGGGUGAAGCGGGCCAACAUCUCCUGGGAAGCGGGCUUUGAUGGCGGUUCAGCACAGACGUUUUCCGUUUGGGUGAAAAAGAUUUCAGCGCGUGCUAAUGAAGGGAAGCACGAGUGGUUCUCGGUGCCCGUCCCUGCUGUCUCCGGCACUGCCUUGGUGGUGACGGGACUUUCUCCUGCCACUGAGUAUCAGUUCAGCGUCCUGUCUCACAACAAAGUUGGGACAGGACCUUUUAGCGAGAUUAGCACUGUGCGAACCUUAGAUCCCACAGCAAGCAGAGGUCAGCUGCCCAAGCCGCCUUCCUCGCUGUCAGCUAGUUUGGGCUCGGCAGGUGUUGUUCUGCACUGGGCCGCUCCGCUGGAGCAACCUGCACCCAUCACGGGGUUCGUUCUUCAGUUCCGUGUCAAGCAAGAGGAUUGGAUCAAUUUGGAUGAAGAUAUAAGUGCCAACAGGAGUGAGAUCAUUGUUGUGGGGCUGCACAAGGACUGCGUAUAUGAGCUGAGGCUGCUAACUCGCCGUGGAGAGCUACUGAGCGAGCCCGGUCCAUCACUCAAUGUCUCCACCAUGGGAAUGGAGAUGUACACCUCUUCAUCUCGACUGCUGGAGUCUCCAGAACCGUUACUGGCUGGCGUUCUUGGUGGAGUUGGUUUUAUGUGUUUGGCGCUGGUCUUGCUCUUGGGGUUCGCCUACCUCAUCAAGCACAGGAGGAAUUUACGAAGCCAAAAGACUCAGAAAGAACCCCCACCUGCCAUCUAUAAGUGCUCCCCAUCAAUAAAGAUUUCAGGCUCCGGCAGUACAGACAGUGUGUUGAAGAAAAGCCUACUUCCAGCCAAUAUCUUCCAUCCCACCACUUCCUCUACCAUCUCAUCAUCCUCCAAGACAGAUUGUUCCUCCUUCACCCACGACAAUAAGCAGCAGCUCCUCUCAAAGCGCAGAAGAAGCCUCAAUCAAUUCCAGGGUCUAAAAUCAUGCCCCGUUUUUCCUUCUGUUGAGUUGAUAACCAGAAGUCCAGAUGGGCACUUUGUAAUGACCCCGUACGACACACAAAAUGUUAAAAAAUCUGCGUCAUUACGCUCAGAGGAGCAAGACGGUAAAAAUCCACCGUUUGUUCUUUCUGUGGAUCUUCUACCACGCAAACAAUCGGAAUCUAAUGCAUCGAGCCAAACCUGUGACCACACCCGGCAUCUGGAUGGAGAUAUUUUCGAUCAUUCGGGGAAUUACGACGGCUUUCCCGACUUGAACAGUCUGUGCUCCAACAGUAGCCGAUCCAGUAUUUCCCUUCACAAAAAAGUAAUAUCUCCCACAUUUCCAGUCCUGCCGCAUUUACGGUCGAGCCUCGGCCAUUACCAGCCUUCGACGACAGCCAGCACCCUGGUUCUCCAAAUGGAACACGAGCGAGAGAGAGGAAACCUGACUCACUGCCUGAAAUUAGCUAAGGAGAGGGAAGAGCUGGCGAGGGAACUCCAGAAAUACAAAGUGUACAAAGAAGAAAUAAUAAGAGAGACGCCGGUGCCUGAGAAGAGAGAGAUUGGCAGUAACAAGCUUUUUCACAGCUACAAGAGACAUACCUUGCCAUGCAGCCACCGACAGAGCUACGGGGACAGCUUUGGUCUGUCGCCAAGUCCUUACUUCUCAUCUUCUGUCCACUGGAAUGAUUUUUCUCCGAUGAACACAGACAGAACCUUUUUCAGUCCUUCCACUCCUCCAAAUUCCUUUUUAUAUGCUGGUAAGCAACAUCCUACUCCAUCCUUAACCGGCGAGCGAGCAGACCAUUCUUUCAAUAACAGAUUAACACCCCCACAUGCCUCCCCGACAAUGAGACACAAACGGGUACAGGAAACACCACAGGGCGAUCAUGAUGUACCGCAAUCCAUAUUCUCGGAAACAAAUGUACCUUCCUCCGAGACACCGAGACAAACCAAUCCACCGUUUCAUCAAAAAUAUAGCCGAAGAUCCAAUUUGAUUCUGGAUGCAGGGCCAGAUGCGGAGGAAGACUUCCCCGAGCCCAUUAAGCAGAAUGUUGGUAUUGAGAUGAGUGUGGAUGAGCCGGCGCUUGAAACAUGUGUCACGAAAAAGCCAAAGCUACACCACAGAAUCGCCUCUCAUGUACCAGAAGGAUCCUCUCGCCCAAGUGGCGACGAAGAAAUGAGAAGGAGCGUGAGUUUUUACUACCAAGAUAAAUCUUCAGGGCCGCAACUGCGCAGAGCUGUGAGCCAAGGUUCAACACUAUGCGAUUCCAAGCAGAAAAGGCACAGCCGCUACACGAGAAGAUACGAGGACACGGAUUUUCUCACCCCUGAUGCGUGGAUAGACUCUUUAAGCAAAGAAAAACACACUCAUUCCUCAGACUCUUUGCAUGCAGAUAAUCAAAGUUCGCCCAGCAACAAUAUCUCCAAAUAUUCUCCAAAUGUUCCCAUUACUAGCCAAACUACCGACUAUUCACCCGUUAGCAAUCCGUUAAGGUCUCUUAGUAACCGCAAAACAACUGCUUCUGUCUUACCCAAUCCUCCGAAAUGGCCAGAUCAAUACCAGGACGUCAUCCAAAACACAACGAGUUACCCAAAGUCUACGAUUGACUUUUCUCGAAACUUUGUACUUCAUGACAACAAGCCCCCAAACAAUCUAGCCACGCUGCAAAUGGAGGCCGAAUCCUACGAAGAAGUGCCGGAUUGCGGAGGCAGCUACAGUAGUUUUGCAAGCAGUGGCCGAGGAAGCAUGGAACCUGCAAAUGGACGCUUGUCUUUCAGUCAUUUCUCCACAAACAACACCAGCUCACCUGAAACUGUCCAGGAGGCCGGCCAGGCUAACACACCGAAUGCGUACGGUCAUCAAAUUGCAAAAAAUCAAAGGAGAAAGCCCUCUGUUGAUGAGAACUAUGAGUGGGAUGAGGCUGAUACAUGUUCACAGUCAGGAGAGCAUCACGGCCUGGUGACGCCAUUGAACCGACGGAACGCCGCGGCACUUUGUAGCCCUCGCAGCAUGAAGUUUUCAACAGAGCCACAGACAAACUUCAGUCAGAGCUCUUCCCUGAAGGGGCAUCAAAGCAGCCGCUGUGCGUUGCGUGAACCUGACACUGUGCUUUUCUGAAAAUCCCAGACGAUGACUCCGUCGCUGUUGCCAGUCAAUUAUUGAUUGCAGCAAGCGACAAGCACGUGAAGCUUCUGGUGUUAUUAUUAUUUUUCUUUUCAAUGUUGUUUUAGUUUGGGACCGGGUACUUCUUGUUUGGUUGUGUCUAAAAUCAAUCUGGCGGUCUAACAAUUUCUAAAGAGUUUACUUAUUGCAUAAUGCCAAUCCAAACAUUUCAAUCAUGAGGUUUGCUGAAUUGGUCCACUCCAUAGUUCCAAUUGCUUCUUUUCAAAUGGCACAAUUCUGAGAUGAAUAUUUUUUUUGUUUUACUCUUCACGUUAGUUAACCAAAUAAAUAAAGACAGAGUGGCAUGCUGUAGAAAAGCAUUGUUUGGUACGCCUGCUAUAAUUGAAAUUCACAACAGAUGCGUUCACUGCAAAUCAAUGUUUCCUCCCCCCCGUGGACUGCUUUCAUUUUCUGCUCUUCACAUUUUACAAAGUCCAUAAAAGACAAAACCACAUGUGGUACUCAGGGGAUUUGUAGUCAGCGCUACUUUAGUUUAUAAUCCAAACACAGUGUCCAAAACACAAAACAAAGAAAAAUGUGUUUUCCCCCUUGAAUACCAAGUGAACAUUAGCUUCCAUUUUUUCUUUUCCUGCUUGUGUGCAGUCGCAAUUUUUUUCAAAAUAUCUACUAUGAAAUCCUUUUUUUUUUUUUGCAGCAUUUUUUUUUUUUCCAGGUUUGACUGUAUGCGCUCCUCCACCUCGUUUUCUCACAUUGUUUUCCGUUUACAUCUCAAGCUAAGUCUUUUGUCAGCAGUUGAUUUCAUUGAGUGAUAAAAUACUUGUCUUCCAUUUGAACAAGCGCCCGGUCCUACUAAUUCUAUUCGAGCCACGGUGGAAAACGAUGUGAGGUCGUGUCACAGUCGUCCGUUUUAAUCUUCUGCAAUUCCAUUUAUUUACUCUUUUAUAGCACUUGAGCAACGAUCGGGCGGGAAGAGCAUAUUUCUUGUCAUAUUUCUUCUGUCUGGCUGUGAAUGCUCACAGUGGGAGUGCAGCCCAUAUGGCUGGAUUCCCGCAAGUGUUUUGUUGCUCUUUAGUGGCAUAAAGGUAGCACAAAUUGACAAGCAAAGUUGCAAGUACAAUGCAACUUGUCAAUACAAAUUUAUUUAUGUUUUUAAAUCCAACAAGACUUUCUUUUGAAACUUUUUUUUGUACUUUGGUGGUAACGUUUAUGACCAAAACAUUCAAAUAUUGUCUUAAUGCUACUUUGCAAUAUUUGUUAUUAGGGAGUUAAUGCAAAAUGUGUUUCAUAACAUCACUGUCAAAUAUCCUGGUAAAUUCUUAAAACUGAAGUUUUUGUUGUGUAACUGUCACACAUAUAUUUUAAAUGAAACAAUUGUGCUUUUCUUGUCAACGUGUUUUGCAUUGAAAGAAAAAACAAAUAAAAAUC